AUGUCAAACUUCGGGCCAGGCUGGUUGACACGAGGUGGAAUUGACGGGGACUUUCAGUACAGGGACAUCUCUAGUGAGUUUGCUGACCUGGAAUCAGCUGAACCACCGUUGCCUUCAGCGGAGGGCCUCCACCUAGGGUUUCGUUCACCAUUGCCAACCAUUCUUGCUCAAACUUGCUCAUCACCCGACCACUUUCUUGCUUCUCAAGUGAAACCACUCACGCUCUUUUCUCAGGUGUCUCACCUUCACCUGGGAGUGCCUCUUUUCGGCAGCGGCACAACACCGGCGGGUGCGAACAUCAUCAUCACAAAUCG